UCCCGGAUAUGUCUACUCGCCUUGUGUCGUAUCGGCCUUUCAAGGCAUUAGGGAGGCUGCAAGCUCUUGUCAUUAGUCGUUCUCUAUGUGCAUCACGUGUUAGAUUCUCAAGUCACGACACGGUGACCCACACAGGGCAGGUGUGGGAAAAAGACGAUUUUAGAAAUGCUCGUUUUAUUGAAAGACAAAAAGAAGUGAAUACACAGUUUGCCAUCGAUCUAGUGGACGAAGAGCCACCAACUGUCAUCAAAGACUCAAAAUUCUGGUGUGAUGGAGGAUCACCAGGAGCACUUGGUCACCCAAAAGUUUAUAUCAACCUGGCACGACCUGGAAUCCACGUGUGUGGAUACUGUGGCAAUAGAUACGUGAACAACAAGUACUGGGAGAAGAUGGAGAAAGGAGAAAUGGAAAAGGCAUUUUCAGACACAGUCGUCGAUUGAUCAGACUGACUGCUUGGUGUAAGUGACCAGCAGUAGAGUGUGACUUCAGUGUAUGGAGUGGAUUACGGAUGCGUACUGUACUGUACAUACGGCUAUGUGGGUAGUAUCUAUAUGCACAUAAAGUGUGGCAAACAAAUUCAGCUGGAGUUGAAUGCACACGCACACUUGCACCCACAUGCACACACACACACACACACACACACACACACACACACACACACACACACACACACACACACACACA